AUGCAGAGUCUUCGCGAGCAGCAAGCUUCUCCAGAACAUAACUUUGGAGUUCUUUUGGUCAAAUUUUUUGAAAUCUUUGGAUGCAAAUUGAACACGUCGGAUGUUGGUAUAUCUUGUAGUGGAGAGGGGACCUUCUUUUCCAAGACUAACAAGGGGUUUUCAGUUAAAGGAAAGCCAUUUCUUAUUGCCAUUGAGGACCCGCAGCUCUGGCUGGUUUCAAUUGGUUGGGUGACUGCACCCCAGAGGUUGUCUGGAGUACCCAAACAGUUCAAGAGAAGCACCGAAAGUGACCUCGGGAAGAAUUCAUUCAACUAUUUCCAGGAUGGACACUCCAUGUUGGUGGCUACCCUGUCCAUGGUUUUACUUGCGAUUCUUGCUUCAGUUAAAUCAGCAUUUGCGAUGGCUUACUCAACCCUAACAGAUGCCAAGGCCAUCUUGGGCCUGGGCACAAACAAGAGCAUUCUUGGUACCAUAAUAAGACCAGACCCAGUGCUACUAGAAAGGCAAGGAGGGUCUAAUGGUGAAGUGACAUUUAACAGCUUGCUACCUGGAGCGGGAGAGCCACUGCAGCUCCAAGACCAGCAGGAAAUUUAUUGUAAUUGUCAAUUAAACGAGGAAGAACCACUUCCCAGAGGAAAUGGAAUUGCUGAGAAUGGGAAUGCACCCCUCAUCGGGAAAGAAAAGGAAGGCACUUAA